UUGGUGUGAAACGUUGCAAUCGCACCAACACAGCACUGGAGCACGACGAUAUGGCAUCUCCCUCGACGUGGACGCGGCCGCCAAAGAACUGGGCGGAGGCACCAGUCGCACAUUCCACUUCGUAUGACGAUUGGACUAACGUCCAUUCUCGCGCGUUCACAAUCUUGAGGGCUCUCGAGCGCCUUCACCUACUGCACCCGACACCCCCGCUGUACAAACGGAAGCACGGCCUUCCCGACGAACCUGAAGCCCGCACUCAGCUCGUGUUGCACAUUGUUGGGGCGGAUUUCCGUGAGGGCAAUGAAGUGUCCGAAACAUUACGAGUAUUUGACCAACUCCUGUCAGCGUUCGAAGCACAGGAGGCGAAUGCGUGGGACGACCUUAUGUUGGUGUUUGUCGGUCCGAAUGUCGCGCGUAAACUCCAUGGAAGGAACGAGCGAAUCGCUCGACUGAAUGGGAAGAACGUAUACCUCCAGUAUGCCACGGAGCUAUGGGACGAGUACCUCCGGAGCGCCGCGUACACUUCACCGGCGGUCGUAUUCUGCUUCAAUGCUGGCGUGUGGGGAUAUGACGAAUGGCUCCCGACGUUCCAGCUCAUGAUGCGAGAAAAUCCCCUUGCACCAAUAUUGAUCACGUCGUACAAUGAAUGCGAAGCCAUCGACGACAGCGAUGCCAUCGCUGACAUCGAAGUGCCCAUCCAGUGGCACUGGACCAUCGAAGCAAAUCCGUUCGCGUCGUUGAGCGCACGAGCCAGCCAACACGAUCGCGCGCUGUAUGAGAAUGCCUUUUGGCAGUGCUUUGGGGCAAAGUAGCAAAAACGUUGGCAUUCUCCAUGGAGCAACGCACGUCGACACGUCGUUCACUGUGUUCAGGUGAAUGAGCUAGUCGAGCCAAACGAAAUUGAAGUGUAUUGUGGUCAACUGCUUGCUUGUGU